AUGGAGUCCUUGCCAGUGGUUGGACCACGCUUGCCUGGUCGUCCACUGGUAGAAGUCGUGCAAACUGGUCAGAUAAAACCGACACCAAUGCAAAGCCACCACAAGCCCCACAACUCCUUGAAUAACGCCGCUAAAUGCGCGAGCUAUACCGCAGUAGUCUAA